AUGCACUGGGAGCAGCUGCUGCGAGCGAGGAACGGGAAGGUGUUUGAGAAGAAGAACCAGAAGGCUGCGGCGAGCAUCGCCCAGCUGCAGCGCAAGCUGGAGCAUUACCACCGUCGUCUGCGCGAGGCGGAGCACAGCAGCGUGCAGCGGCAGCCCAAAGACACGCUGCGCGACAUGCAGCAGGGCCUGAGGGAUGUGGGGGCCCGGGUCAUCACGGGCCUCAACGAGGGGGUGGUGGACAGCCUGCACUCGGCCGCGGGGGCCGUGGCCUCCAAACCGCGCGAGAUCGCUUCGCUCAUCCGCCACCACUUCGGCAGUGCAGACAACAUCAGCGUGCUGAGGGACGGGGCGGAGGAGGCUGAGGACAGAGCCUCCGCCGCACACCUGCAGUCCAGCCCCAAGUUCGGCAGCGACGAGGACUGCUCCAGUGCCACCUCGGGAUCCAACGGCAUGACGGGGGCCCCUGGGGGCCCGCCCAGCUCCAGGGGGAACACGCUGGAGCGGGGCCACCGCGGCAGCCUGGACAUGCUGAUGCAGGAGCUGCGAGACACGCAGACGCGCCUGGAGGAGACGCUGGAGAGUGUGAGGAGCGGAUAUAUGAAGGAGUGCAGGCUAGUGAUGCAGGCGCUGCAGGAGGAGAGGUUCAGGUGUGAGCGCUUAGAGGAACAAGUGAACGAUCUGACAGAGCUCCACCAGAAUGAGAUCCUGAACCUGAAACAAGAGCUGGCCAGCAUGGAGGAGAAGAUCGCGUACCAGUCCAACGAGAGGGCCCGAGACCUGCAGGAGGCUCUGGAAGCGUGUCAGACGCGCGUCUCUAAGAUGGAGCUGCAGCAGCAGCAGGUGGUUCAGCUGGAGGGCCUGGAGAACGCCACGGCUCGCACACUCAUGGGCAAACUCAUCAACGUGCUGCUGGCUCUCAUGGCUGUGCUGCUGGUCUUCGUCUCCACCGUCGCCAACUGUGUGGUGCCGCUGAUGAAGACACGCAGCCGCUCCGUCUCCUCGCUGCUGGUCUUCCUCCUGUUUGCUGUGCUCUGGAGGAACUGGGACGCUUUCUCAGGACACACCUCUCGCCUCCUGCACGUGCCCCGAUGAGCCACGGGACAACUGCUGCUUUCAGACCAUUUUGCACAGUGUUUCGAAUGCCUUGGGUGCAUUGCUCUUCAAUGAGGUUAAUAUUAAUACAAUUUGUACAGCGGGUAAAAUAAGUAUUGAACACA